AUGAAGAAAACUCUUCCUAAAAAAUCAAAACAUCGUUCUAUAUUAAAUAAAUCUCAAAAUUCAGCAAAUGAAAAACAAACAGGUCGUACAACGUCAGCAGAACCGGUUAGUUAUUUAAAAACUGAAAUUCAACUCGGAUGUGGUACAGCACAUUUGGAUCAAUCAAAUUGUUUGAGAACAAAAUUAAAUUUAAAAAGUGAAAAACAAUUAAAACGCGACUUGUUACGUGUAACCGAUCAACGUCCAUCAUUACUCGGUAGUCAAACACUUCAUCCACCUCGUUUAUUUCCAACAAAUCGAAAAAUAGGCAAUGAAUCAUUGAAUCGUACAUUAGGUGAUAGACAUCGGUCAUCAUCGUCAUUAUCAAAUAUCAAUGUGAAUUCGACAGCAGUUGAUCGUGUCGGACCAUGGCCUGAUCAAACGAUAGAUCGUUUAUAUAACAAUGAAUUAUUACGUCCAUUGAAAAAUUUUCGUAAUCGUCAAAAUCUACGUUUAUUUAGUCCAAAAUAUUAUGCGGCUAUAGGUGAACAACAAAAUAAAUUUAAAUUUUAUUCAAAUACAAAAUCUUACAUUGAUGAGUAUCGAAAACGAAAAGGUUAUGUACUUGGUAGUAGUACACCGUCGACAUCGUUGUUGCCAUCUAGUCGACAAACUCCCAAAAUAGCAGAUAAUAAGAGCGAUGCAGGUGGUGAUGAUAAUGAUGAUCAAUUGUCGAAUGUACCUGAUCGAAAAACUGAAGAUAAUGGAACAUUUUUCUCUAUUGAAACAAUUUCUAAUGGAAAACUCGAUCAGUUUAAUCUAAAUAAUGUACAGACUUUAUCAUCAAAUGAUCUACUCUCAUCAUCAUCGACAAUAAAAAAUCGAUCUUUAUUACGUUCUGAACCCUUAUUUACUUUACCGUCAAUUCCAAUAAAACAAACUCAUGCGAAAGAACAAACGUUUUCAUCGUCAUCAGUCGUAAUGAGAAACGGUCAUUUGAGACCAAUGGUAACAAAUCAUCAACCAAUGGCAUUGUCAACAUUAUCAACGCCACGUUAUUCAAGCAUAGAUCAUGUAGAAAAAGCUUAUGCUAUAGCGGCAGAUGGAAAAAAAUUUAAAAAUACAAAUGCAAAAUUAUUUGUCAUCGAGAGUAGACCAAUCUCAUCGACCAAUAUGCAAGAUAACCCUGAACUUCGACAUAACGAGCAACGACCAUUAAAAGGUGGUGUAUUUUAUAAAUUGAGUCAUCAAUCACAACAUGUCGCAAAUAUAUUAUCUACAAAAACUGCAAAUAGUGAUAUUGCUGAUUACGCCGUAUUGGCUUUACACUUUUAA